AUGGAUAAGUUCCGAAUGAUCUUCCAGUUCCUCCAGUCCAAUCAGGAAUCUUUCAUGAACGGCAUCUGCGGGAUCAUGGCCCUGGCCAGUGCCCAGAUGUACUCAGCCUUCGAUUUCAACUGCCCCUGCCUGCCGAGUUACAACCUGGCGUACGGCCUGGGUAUCCUGCUCGCGCCCCCCCUUGUCCUGUUCCUGCUGGGUUUUGUGAUGAACAACAACGUGUCCAUGCUGGCAGAGGAGUGGAGGAGGCCCACGGGCAUGAGGCAGAAGGACCCGGCCGUCCUGCGCUACAUGUUCUGCUCCAUGGCCCAGCGGGCCAUGAUCGCGCCGGCGGUGUGGAUCUCCGUGACGCUGCUGGACGGGAAGUGCUUUAUGUGCGCGUUCAGCACCACCGUGCCCGUGGAGAAGCUGGGGAACAGGAGCUACACGGGCCUGUCGGAGAAGGAGAUGCGGCGAAUCCUGGCCCGCAUCCCCUGCAAAGAGAUCUACAACGGGCAGGAGCUGGUUGCCAGGGAGGUGGCGGUGCGGUACCUGCGCUGCAUCUCACAUUUUAAGCACAAAUAG